CAUCGAUGAAUAGUAUUGUUGAAUUUUGUUUUUAGUUUAAAAAUGUAAAUAGGAAUUCAAUUUUAAUAAUGGAUUCAGGAAUCCCAUUCCCAGAUAACUUGAACGGCUCGACGAAAUAGCUAUGAAAUUGGUUACUGAUAAAAAAUUCUGUCUGUAUGUAGGCAUUAUUUAAUAUAAAAGCCGAGAGCUCACCAUGUGGACAGGAAUGAAGUUCAACCUUUUGUUUUUCUCUCAAUUACUGUGAGAACCUCCAUAAUAUCCACUUUUGAUUUGAUUCCCAUUCAUUUUCAAAGAGAAAGCAAGAUUAGAUCUCUUCUUUUUCGGAUCCAGAUGCAAACAAAUUUUUUUGGCCCCUCUUAAUCCUUUUGUCUUUUAAACUUGAAUUUGUUAACUUCCAAUCUGGGACGUAUUGUAUUCGUUGUACUGGAGAUUGAAAGUUCCAUGUUUAAGCCAUGGGAGCUUGGGGCCGCCCUUUCCUGAAGUUGGCUUGGACGAGUAGUUGAAUCAAAAUACUCGGCUACUCUGGUGCUGAAAAGACAUUUGAAAUAAAUUCCAGUCAUUCAGGUUCAAGGCUGAUUCAAGUCGAAUCUGGUUGUAAACAUGGCCAUGGAUCAUACUGUAAAAGUCAUUCUAGGCUCAAUUGCCUUCGCAGUCUUCUGGUUAUUAGCUGUUUUCCCUGCUAUUCCAUUUCUACCAAUUGGGAGAACAGCAGGAUCUCUCCUAGGGGCAAUGCUAAUGGUUGUAUUUCGAGUCCUAACUCCAGAUCAAGCAUAUGCGGCCAUUGAUCUCCCAAUACUUGGUCUUCUGUUUGGGACAAUGGUAGUUAGUGUUUAUCUUGAAAGAGCUGAUAUGUUCAAGUAUUUGGGUAAGGUGCUGUCGUGGAAGAGUAAAGGAGCAAAGGAUUUAAUCUGUCGAGUGUGUCUGAUAUCUGCAAUUUCAAGUGCGUUUUUCACCAAUGACACCUCGUGCGUGGUUUUGACUGAAUUUGUUUUAAAAAUUGCCAGGCAACAUAAUCUUCCACCCCGUCCCUUCCUUCUUGCCCUUGCAUCAAGUGCAAAUAUUGGCUCUUCAGCAACACCUAUUGGCAACCCCCAAAACUUGGUCAUAGCUGUUCAGAGUAAAAUUCCUUUUGGGCAAUUUGUGAUUGGAAUACUCCCAGCGAUGCUUGUUGGUGUUGUUGUAAAUGCUUUAAUUAUUCUUAUCCUAUAUUGGAAAUUGUUAUCUGUCCAGAAGGAUGAAGAAGAUCCAUCCCCAGAAAUUGUUGCAGACGAAGAUGUGCUUUCUCAUAGAUUUUCACCAGCCAGAUUGUCACACACACAAAUUCCAUCCAUCAACUCUGCAGAAUGGGAUUCUCGGUUGGAUUUAAUGAAUGCACAAAGUUCUCCAUGCUCGAACGCAAAUGUUGAAACUCUAAGAAAUUCAGUAAGUUCAAAAGAUAAUGAAAUCCACCGGUCUCAUAGUGCUAUGACAGAGUCAGCAAGAAUAUCUGAUGCUUCAAAAGAGUGGCUGCCCAAUGCAUCUCCUCAGAAAAGGGAAGAAGGUUUUUCUUCUAAGAGCGUUAACUCUAUGGAGAAACAGAAAGAACCAGUAUCUUUGCAGUCCUCUGAAGGAAAGGAACAUUGGAGCACCAAAUGGAGAAGGAUUGCAUGGAAAUGCUGUGUUUAUCUUGUGACUAUAGGAAUGCUAAUUGCUUUAUUGUUGGGCUUGAAUAUGUCAUGGACUGCAGUGACUGCUGCACUUGCUCUUGUCGUUCUUGAUUUCAAGGAUGCUCAGCCAUGCCUAGAAAAGGUUUCCUAUUCACUUUUAGUCUUCUUUUGUGGGAUGUUUAUGACGGUUGAUGGAUUUAACAAGACUGGAUUACCAAGUGCCUUUUGGAAUUUCAUGGAGCCACAUGCGCAGAUCGAUCGUGUUUCUGGGACUGUUGUUCUUGCUCUUGUCAUACUGUACCUCUCAAACUUGGCUUCAAACGUGCCUACUGUUCUUCUGCUUGGAGCACGAGUUGCCGCAUCGGCUGCUGCAAUAUCUGCAACCGAAGAAAAACGGGCAUGGCUUCUUUUAGCUUGGAUCAGUACUGUAGCUGGAAAUCUCUCAUUAUUAGGGUCAGCUGCAAACUUGAUAGUGUGCGAACAGGCUCGUCGCACUCCACAGCUAAGCUACAAUUUAUCCUUCUGGAAUCAUCUCAAAUUUGGAGUUCCCUCAACUCUUAUUGUUACAGCCAUUGGUUUAGUUCUUAUAAGAUGA